AACGAUGUCGACAAGUUCGACCGUGCCCAUAUGGAAGGGGACGGGCGCAUCAUUCGUCAACACCUGCCCCCUGUGCAAGAUGGCAGCAUCGCGUGCUGCGACGUUUGCUCGCACAUGGCUCAUGGACCCAUCUACCUACCCCAUCUUGGGCAUCAUGGCGUGCGCUCUGUCUGGUGCAACAUUCACGAUCGUGCGAUACUCGACUCGCCACCCCGACGUCCAUUUCGACAAAGACCGGCGGCAAGACAUGUUCACGUACGCGCCAGUGGAAGGAACGCAAUGGCGAGCACAUCGUCUUGCCAUUGCUCACGGCAAACCAAACCCGAUCACGGACUCGUUCGACUCGUCCACCACCACCAGUACAGGCGAUGUUUAAGUUACAUGCGUUCACGUUGCAAUGCUAUUGCAGUAUGCACACUUCGCUUUUCGUUUGGUUGGCGGGG